AUGGAGUCCGCCAUCACCACGAUCAGCCCGACAACAUGCGCCCUCCUGCUGAUCGCCCUCUUCGCAGCCGCACGCAGCAUCCUCUCAUCAAACAAAGGCAAACCCUGGAUCCGCGUCGGCCGCUCACCCGGAUUCCUCGGGUUGAACCGCAAGAAAGCCGCAGCGGAGUUCCGAGCAAACGGACGGCAGAUCAUCAGAGACGGAUACAGACGGCACAAGGGGAACAACUUCGUCGUCCAAACCGCCAACAAGGAACAGCUCGUCAUUGACCCCAAGUACCUCCCGGAGAUCCGCAUGCUGCCGGAGACGAAGAUCAGCCAUGCCAAGGUUAUCAUCGAUAACCUGGUCGGCGAGCAUAUUGGGGCGGAGAUGGCGAUGGAGGGGGCGCAGCAUAUCGAUGCGGUUAGGGGGCCUGUCACCAAGAAUCUGAACAAGCUCGUCCCUAUGAUGGCGCGCGAGUACAGACGCACGAGCGAGUUCCUGUUCAGCCAGAUUGGGCGUGAUGGCAACCAAGUCAACGUGUACCAAUUCUGCUACGCCACCGUCUCAAGCAUCACCUCGGCAGUCCUGAUCGGCGAAGACCUCACCCACAUCGGCGGCUGGAACGAGAUCGUCAUGGAGUACUUCCCCGAAGCCUGGCGGAUCCGCAACGCACUAUGGCACUGGCCCCGUCUUCUCCGACCGCUCGUGAAACCGUUCCUCGUGCGAACCAACCAGCUCGACGCCAUCAUCGCCAAGGCAGAGACGUUCCUCAAGGAGCCGGUCCGCAAGCGCCGCGAGCCGAGUAACCACGACGUGGACGUGCUCAAGUUCCUGGCGGAGUACGGCGAGAGCGAGCGGAAGAUCGCGAUGCAGAUUGUGGGGAUCAUCACCGGUGCUCUCAACACAUCAACCCACGCCCUCACCCAAGCCCUCUACGACCUCGCCGCGCACCCGCAAUACAUCGACGAUAUCCGGACCGAAGCCCUCAACGCCCUCUCAUCCGAGGGAGGCCAGUGGACGUUUAAUGUUACGAAAAGGCUACACCUCCUCGACGCCUUCCUAAAGGAAUCCCUCCGCCUGUUCGCCCCAGAAGGUCUCGCCGUCACGCGCGUCGCAACGUCCCCGAUAACCCUAAGUGACGGCACGCACAUCCCACGCGGAACCUACCUCUCCGUCGCCGGCGAAGCAAUGGCCCUAGACAACGACUUCUACCCGCACGCAUCGGAGUUCAACCCGCGCCGGUUCCUAGGAGACGACGGGAAACCGGUCACGCCGGAGUCCGUGUUCCAUGGGAUUGAGGCGGGCAAUGGGGUGUGGGGGGCUGGACGGCUGACGUGUCCUGGGAGGCACUUUGCGAGCGCGAUGGCGAAGAUCAUUGUCGCGAGUCUGGUGAUCAAGUUCGACAUUGCGUUUCCGGGAACACAGAAGGAGGGGCCGCGGGGCGUCGAGGAUGAUUGCAAUUAUGUGCCGGAUUUGGGGGCGAUGGUUGUGCUGAAGGAGAGGGGGUGA